UCGCGUCUCGUCGACUCGACCGGCAGUCGCUGUCGUCACUUCGGUGAAACCGGAACGGACUGUUGAGCCGAGAGCAAUUAGUAGUGUAUUUUUUGUGUAGCACCAUUUAAUUCGGAUACUCUAGCGAAUAGUUUAUUAAUUUUCGCAGAAAAAUGGCGUCAGGAGUAACUGUAUCAGAUUCAUGCAAAACCACCUAUGAGGAGAUCAAAAAGGACAAAAAGCAUCGCUAUGUCAUCUUUUAUAUUCGGGAUGAGAAGCAGAUUGAUGUAGAAGUUGUUGGCAAUCGUGAUGCUGAAUAUGAUCAAUUUUUGGAUGAUAUUCAACAGGGAGGUCCCGGUGAAUGCCGAUAUGGACUCUUCGAUUUUGAAUAUAUGCAUCAGUGCCAAGGAACAUCAGAGAGCUCGAAGAAACAGAAGUUGUUCCUUAUGUCAUGGUGCCCGGACACUGCCAAGGUGAAAAAGAAGAUGUUGUACUCGAGCUCUUUUGAUGCACUGAAGAAGUCGCUGGUCGGUGUUCAAAAGUACAUUCAGGCCACUGAUCUUUCGGAGGCUUCGCGAGAGGCUGUGGAAGAGAAAUUGCGCGCCACAGAUCGUCAAUAAUUUAAUAUGUCUCUUUUUUCAAGAAAAAAAAACCUAUAUUUAUCACAAAAAUAUUUUUUUUGUAAAACUGGAUGCGCCGUAAAAAAAGUAGAGAUUGAAGGAGUUGAAGCUUGAUAAAAAAAAACGAGAUAAAUAAAAAAAUGAAAGAAGAAACACAAGCACAAUUGUCAAUAAUGGAAGUAAAAAAAAAAGAAAUGAUGGUAAUCACAAUAAUCAAUACAAUUUUAUAUAGAAUUACAUUUUAAGGGAGUUUUUUGAUAGAGAACAUGGUCAUUUUCCUAUACCCAAACAAUAAUGAAAUGGAAACAUUUCUUCAAUUCCUUGUCAUAACAGCAAGAAAUAAAAAAAAAACAAAAAAUACUUAUUAAAAAAAUAUGUAAACUAAUUGUCUUCUAAUAAUUCAUAUGCAUAUAUUAGACAGAGAAGGAUGGUAGAUUAAGGUGGAAAAAUUCUAUCAGCAGAAUUUUCCAAUUUAAUAUUUUGAAUACGAAAAAAAUAAAUAAAUAAAGAGGAGAUUUUUCAGUGGAUUUUAAGUAAAAGAAGAAAAAACCAAAUCCCAGUCAUUUCUGUACAGUUUCUCUUUCAUUAAAAUUACAAUUUUCCGCUCAAUUGAGACAUUUAAUAUUUUACUGAUUUUUUUUUUCGAGGAUAUAGGGAAUUUUAUUUGCAUUUUCUUUUGUGUACUGAAUUUAGAGAGAGAGAGAAAAAAGAGAGAAUAAAGGAAAGAAAAAGAAACAAGAAACAAAUUUGCCAAGACCGAUAGAAAGAACAAUUUCAGAGUCACACAAGCGCUGCAAAAAUUGCAUUUUUCUGUCAUUUUUUGCUCCAGCGCAUCAUUUUCUUUUUAUUUUGCAUUUUUUUUUCCUCCAGUAAAAUUCUUAACACUUCCGGUGACUGAUAAAGUAUUAAAGAAAAAAAGUAGAAGCGCUAUUUAUGUUCAUUUUUUUUGUCGUUUGCCUAGUUUAGCGUUUGCAAUCCUCAUAAAACAUUUUUUUUUUGUUGAAAGAAUAAAAAUUCAAUGAGAGAUUUUCCGGAAAAAAAAACCUGAUAAAUGAGCCAACCAAAAACAAAAAAGCGAUUUAAUGAGAAAAGAAUGCAAUUGCAAGGUAGCUUGCAAUUCUAUUAUUUGUCUUGUGUCAUUUACAUUUUUCUUGCAAUAAAUUAUUUGUAUUGAAAAUGCC